UGGAGAUCUUACUGGCAAUAUUUUGUUAAGCACUACAUCACAAAGGAUAUUUAACUCAUUACAACCAGUUUAGUAAAUGCUUCCUGGCUAGCAAUUCCUACAAACUAGAUAGGUGACUCAUACAGUUAUCACUUUUGUUUUGAUGGAAAGAAGUUGGUCAGUUUGGAGUUGUGAGAUCACAGCCAUCUCUUGGAACAAGUCACUGCGCCACCACCACCAACUGAUAAUCUCCAUGCUGGUAGUGGCUGAAUAUUUCCUUUUGCCUACCCCAAAUUUGGAGCUCAUUUACAUUCUGACAGCUUAAUUAAGUGCUGUAGUUGUAAAUAGACAAUUUAAGGCAGAUUGAAGCUAACUAGAGUGUGUGUUCCUGCUGUGUUUGUGAAAGGUGCUAUUAGACACUGUAAAGACUCCUAUUGCCUGUCUCCAACCAGAAAGAAGGUGUGUGCCAGUGCUAAUCUGAUCAUCUAGGCUUUCCUCCAUAGUCAGUGGUGAUCUCUCCCAUUUUAUACUCAUCCAUGAAGAUGGGGAAAAUUGCUGUGUGGAUGUGCCCCUCUGACUACACCAGAAACCUAAAUAACUAAAGCACAGUGUAGAAUUCAUCUUACUGUACAUGUCCCAUAUGUGCUACACUGGAAGCAGCGUGUUGUACUGGAAGUGCUUAUGAACCAGAAUUUGCUUCUCAUCUUGGGAGCUUUCCUCAUCAUCAUUCUUCCCAAUCAGGUUAGUUCUAGCAGUACACCUGUUCUUGAGAGGGCAAGUUGUUGUAUGUGUUGAUUUGAACUUCCAGAAUUUUUCCAAAUACGAAGGAUUUACAGACUUCAAAACAGAGAUAUAUCAAUUGUAUUUCUGUAGUUGCUGAAUGCACAGAAGCUCUAGCAGAUAAGGUACUCAUUCUUUUUCCAUUCCUGCCUCCUCACCUUGGACUGUUGGCUCCUACAAACAUGUAGCAGAGUUCUGAAGCACAGCACAAAGGUAAGAGAAAUAGUGUGGCAACCAAAAUAAUUAAAGGCAAUCAAGACUCUUUUCACCUCCCCUUUCUGGCACAACUGCUUCAGUGACUGGAAUUAGCAACGUAAUGCACAAUUUACUAAAAAGUUGAAGGCAUAAAAGAUUGCAAGAACAGUUGAGACUCUAGUAAGCUUUCCCUGUAUUCAUCUUUAGGAGAGAAGCUUUACUGAGAAACGGUCACACUAAAGUGGCAGGCCUCUUUUCAAACUGCUUCAGUUAUGAGCAUAUGUAUCUUGAGACUUGUCCUUUUUAGCUUUCAGUCUCAUCAGGUUUUUUGCUAAAAAGAUUUAUCAAAUCUCAUAAAGCUAAAUAUGCAGACAAGAAGAAAGAAGCAGAGGCUUAUCAACAACUGGCAGAAACUGCUGAGAUCUGCAAUAACUCUGGCAGCUGGAGACAUGCACAGACACGGUAAAGUCUAAGCACGCAGAUAAGCUGUGUUCUGCCCACACCCAGCUCAGACACAAUACAGCUUUGGAGAGUUACAGAAGCACUGGAUCUCUGAGUAACUCCCUUCAGAAAAUCUUCACAAUGUUCCUGGCUAAAGCUUUGCUGAGUGGCGGAAGUGGUAGUGGCCGUGGAGGAAGCCUCGCACGUGGCCUUGGGGGUCUCCUCACAGGAGGUGGACAUGGAGGGAACCUUGGAGGACUUGUUGGAGGUCUUGUCAAUCUCAUAAGUGAAGCAGCAGCUCAGUAUAAUCCAGAGCCACCUCCACCUCCUCACAACCAUUUUACGAAUGUUGAAGCUCAUGAGAGCGAGGAGAUUAGACAGUUCCGUCGCCUUUUUGUCCAGCUGGCUGGAGAUGAUAUGGAAGUGUCUGCUACCGAGCUAAGGAACAUCCUGAACAAAGUGCUUUCCAGACAUCAAGACCUGAAGACAGAUGGCUUCAGCUUAGACACAUGCCGUAGCAUGGUAGCGGUCAUGGACAGCGAUACAAAUGGCAAACUGGGCUUUGAAGAGUUCAAAUAUCUGUGGAACAACAUCAAGAAAUGGCAAUGCGUCUACAAGCAGUAUGAUACCAACCAGUCAGGCACUAUUGGGAGAGCUCAGCUGCCGGAGGCCUUGCGGGCUGCAGGGUUCCACCUGAACGAAGAGCUCUGCCAGGUAAUCGUGCGCAGAUAUGCCAGCGAGGACGGCAGCAUGGAUUUUAACAACUUCAUUAGCUGCUUGGUGAGGCUGGACAGCAUGUUCCGGACCUUCAAGUCCCUGGACCAAAAUGGAAGUGGGCAGAUCAAAAUAACCAUUGAAGACUGGCUGCAGCUGACCAUGUAUUCAUGAAAGCAUAGCAGAGAAGAAUAAGCUUUAUCUGAAAGAUACACUUUGAAGACUGCAAUCCUGUAUUAUCAUGCUGUAGUCUUUUCCUUAUUCUAAGGUAGAUGUAGGCAGAGGUACCUAGCUUAGCUUGAAGUGCUCUGAUUCCUCCCGUGCAUGUGUUAAGUCUGCUGUUCUGGAGGGUUUGUGCAAGUUCUCAGUUGCGCAGAUGCAUAAGUCUGUCUCAGAAAACUAGACUCUGAAAUGGGGGAAUAUGUUGGAAGAUCAAAGCUUAGUUAUUUCCUCACAUAAAGCAGGCUUGUAUAGGAAUAUAACUAUUAUUAAAAAAGCUCUAAGUUUGGUGGGGUUUUGUGAUGUUACUGUUCCAAUUUGUCAGCAUUCAGUAAGCUGAAAUAAAGCUCUGCUUGCCUGAAGGCAGUCACCAGUAGAGUUGAAUGGAUUCAUAAGUUGUGCAGUUAUUUCUAACAAGGGAAUAAACAUUAAAGUUGCAAUGACUACAAUGA